AUGAUAGCGCAACAGAUUGUAAGGACUUCCGGCAGGAGGAUGUUUGCCUCCUCUGCGAGGAACGCAGCACAUUUUAAAGAGGGUGUCUACAGUAACCUCCCAUUCAAGAUCCACGACAGGAAGAUUCCGUACGGUGUGGUGCACUUUGGGUUCUUUGCCGUUGGGUUUGCAGUGCCCUUCAUUGCGUGCUUCGUGCAGUUGAAGAAGAGCGGGAACAUCUGA